AUGAUGAACAGAGUCUAUUCUUGUACAUAUUUUGACCAUUUAAAUGAGCCUAUUUAAGGAUAUUGCUUAAAUAUUGAAUGCAAUUGUCCUUAAAAAUAAUUCUGUUUGAAGUGCAUUCAAGAAGAAAAUAAACAUAGCAAUCAUAAAGAAGAUUGUAAAGGGUUCUAAGAAAUUCUAGACUUGGUUUAGAAUUCAAUAACUAUAUUUUCUAACUAAUAAAAAUCAUUAGAAAAAUCGUUUUAAGAAGUCAGAGCAAUAUAUGAAUAAUAAAUAAAGGAAUUAGAUAGUACAAAAAAUAAAUUAGCUUAUUUUAAAUAAAUGCUUGAAGAAUAGAAUUAUGAAGAUUUAAGAGAACAAUCUAAUAUAUCUUUAUUAAGAAUUUGGUAUUCCAUGAGUUUAAGUAAUUAGGGUGGAAAAGGAAGUUCUACAAGUAUUUAUUAAUUUUAUAAAUAAAUAGAAAAUGAGAUCAUUAUUUAAGACUCAGGUUUUAAUAUUAUUAAAUUAUUAUAAUCUUCAUUCUAAUAGAUUAAAAAUCAAUCAACUUAGUAUUUUAAUAAAUUUUAGAUGAUUUCAGAAUCAUAAAAUAAUGAUUUGUAGGUUACUAAACUUAAUUAAGCUAAAUAAUUAUUUGAAUUUGGUAUGUAAAUCAAUUUUUAUUGAUAGGAUUACAGUAUAUGUAAGAACAUGAGUGGGAUAAGGCAGAUUAAAUGUUUUCAAAAUCCAUUGAAAAAAAUAAGAAUGAUUAUAAAACUCUUUUUUUCUAAAGUAUAUUUAAAAUUAAUUUAGGUUGGGUCUUAAUUGAAAAAAAUAGAUGCUAAGAAGGUUUGAAAUUAUUAGAAGAAUGUUAAGCCUUAAAUGAGAAUUUAUCAAUUGAUUUAAUUAAAUGGUGCAAUAUAGAAAGAAAUAUAGCCUAGAAUUCAGUUCUCACUAUUGCUUAAGGCUAUGCCUUAGACAUGAUGGAUAAUUAAGAAAAGGCUUUAUUGCUAUAUGAUUAAGCAAUUAGUUAUGAUAAAAGGCAGACUUUUGCAUAUGCGAGAAAGGGUUUAAAAUUUAUUUAUUAUCUUUAGGAUCUCUUUUAGUAAAGUUCAAAAUUCAAGAUGCUGCUCUUUAAUCCUUCUAAGAAGGCUUAUAAAUUGCUUAUAAUAAAGCCUAUCUUCAUUAUUGUUAAGGUAUCAUUUUAAACAAUAAAAGGCAUUACUCUAUUAGAAAAUGAAGAUUUAAAUUAAGCUCUGAUUUCAUUUAAAGCAGCUGCUUAAUUUGAUCCCAACUUUAGCUUAAACAAUUAUAAUAUUGGUACAAAAAAUACAUUAUUUUAAUUAUUUAGGUAACAUAUUAAGAUCAUAAUAAAAAUUAGAUGAAGCUCUUUUUUAUUUAGAUUUAGCAAUAAGUUAAGAUCCAAAUCUUCUCAAAGCAUAUGAUAGCAAAUGUUUUCAUAAUUUAUAUAUUAUAGGUUUGGUUUUAUGUGAUAUGAAAAAAUAUGAUUAAGCAUUAGAUUUUAUAGAAGAAGCACUGAAAAAAGAUCCUAAUUAUAAAUAGGCAUUUUAUUUAAAAGGAAAUUGUCUAAAGUUAUAAAAAAAAUACAAAGAAGCAAUUACCUAAUUUGAUAGAGCAUUAUUUUUUGAUAGCAAAUUUGUUUUCGCUUAUAAUUUAAAAGGUAUUUCAUUAUUUUAUUAUGAGGAAAUUGCUUACUAUCAUUGAAGUAAUAUAAGGAAGCAUUUUAAUGUUAUGAUUAAGCUAUAUAAAUUGAUAAUAAAUGCAUAUAAGCCUAUUUAAAUAAAGGCUUGUUAUUAAAAGAACUAAAACAAAGUAAAGAAGCUUUGAAAUAAUUUGAUUUGGCACUUCUUAUCAAUCCAAAAUGCCCUUAAAUUUAUAAAAAUAAGGGUAUGAAUUUAUUACUAAUUUAGGUGUUGUCUUAGAAGAAACAAAGAAACUAGAAGAAGCUGCCGUAUGUUACUAAAUGGCAAUCGAAUAUGGUGAUCCCUAAUCUGAAGAAAUAAAAAAAUGGAUUGGAUAAAUAAAAGUUAAAAAAGGAUUGUCAUGGAUUUUUGGAAAUUGA